CAAAGCGUCCUGCACGCUUCCCCAGCCCAUGUCGCAGCCCGCCGCCAAUUGCUCCCGCCCUGAUGCUCCUCCGCCGUGCGAGGCUGCCGCUCUCCCGCUAGCCUCUCCACACUCCGCCGUUUGGAACGACUCUGCGGUGGCAACGUCAUAGUUCGUCUUAUCGACGCGCCCAGAACGAGCAACAUAGCUUCACAUAGCGCAGGAUGAAUUGCAUUGUCCCUGACCCAGGCUUCCCACAUCCUCGCUGCGAUCGGUAGAGAAUCCUCGUCGCGCGCCUCACGUCUGUCGCCCUUGUCGUCUCGCGAUUCCGCUCCCGAACCAUGGCGCGCGCUGUUGCUUCCAAGGAGGACAACAACACCCAGUCCCCGGUGGCGUCCAGCAGCAGCCAGGCCGAGCAGAAGACGUCCAAGAGGCGAUGCGUGCAGAGUGCCUGUGUGCCGUGCAGGAAGCGGAAGUCAAAGUGCGAUGGCGGCACCCCCGUGUGCGCAACUUGCACCGCCGUGUAUAAGACGGAAUGUCACUACGACGCCGACAGCGAGAACCGUCGCGGGAAGACGGCCGUGAAGCGAGAUAGUGCCUCCAUCGCCGAGACCAGCUCGGGAGCUGCGGAUAUCGUUGUGGCGUCCAUUCGGAGUCUGCCAGAGUCGGAGAUUCAGGACAUCAUACACCAGAUCCGGAGGGACGACAACUUGGAUUCGCUGGCUGAGUCGCUGCGGAGAGUCGUGACUCUGCCCCCGAAGUUGGAGAGCCAGACGUCUUCGUUGGAGGGAGACCUUGCCGUACUCAUCGGGAAGCCUGCCUUGACGAAGUCUGGUGUAUCGAGGCACUAUGGUCAUACCUCGAGCCUAGGACUGGUGCGCGAGGACGAGAACUAUACUCAGCCCAACACCACUCUGCCUGCGCCUCCGAACGUAGAUACGUGGACCACCGUCACCAGCGAUACGAAGUUUCUCUACCAUCUCUUCGAGCUGUACUUUAAGUGGUCUCAUCCGUUCUACGUUUUGUUCUCUAGGGAAUGCUUCUACAAAGACUUCAGGACCGGUCGUCAGAAGUACUGCAGCCCUCUAUUAGUGAACGCCAUCUGCGCCUACGCUUGCCAUUCCUCUGACGAGCCACUCGCUCGAACCGACCCAAGCAACCCCCGUACGGCCGGAGACCAUUUCUUUGCUGAGGCUCGACGACUUCUCUUUGAGGACGAGUCGCCUCGCCUCACUACGGUCCAAGCUCUGGCAGUCAUGGGCUUGCGGGAGCCCUCCGCUGGGCGGGACAGUUCUGGUUUUAUGUAUGCUGGCAGGUGCAUGAGGAUGGCUGUGGAAUUAGGCUUACAUCUGAACUACUCUUCCUCGGCGAAUCUAGGACUAACUCGGUCCGAGAUCGAAGUGCGGAAAGUCACCUUUUGGGGCUGCUUCACCUUUGAUACGGCAUGGUCGCUUGCAAUUGGACGCAUAUCUCAGCUUCCAAGGACUGCCAUUAAUCUAGAUAAGCCAAUUCUCGAAGAACCGGUAGCCCUCGAGAAAGGUCAACUGUUUUUAGACGCUUCCCGCGAAUCCCAGCCAGUUUUCACGAAUCGGCAAUUCCUCCAGGGAUUCAGUACGCUGUCAGAACUAGUUAGCGAUUCUUUGUUCAUGUUUUACGCGCCUAGAGAACGGUUUACUAGCCGAAGAUUGCUCGAUACCUAUUGCAAGUACAAGAACUGGUACAAAUCGUUACCGAAAGCACUUCAGCUUGAUCCAAACGACAAGGCCCUGCCAAUACCGCAUGUUCUCACACUUCACAUGUAUUACCACACUUGCAUCGUCCAUCUGUUCAGACCACUCAUGAAAGUGGAUAUCCUUCAUUCCGACAUUCGGCCCCGCGAGGUGUGCAUAGACAGUGCAAACACGGUAUCAGACAUCAUGAGGCUAUAUCGACGGCACUACAGCCUCCGAUCUUGUAACCUACUACUAACCCACAUCCUCCUCUCCAUUACCACCGUCCACCUCAUCAACUCGUCCAACCCCGUCAGCCGCCGCAACCUCAUCGACGGCCUCCGCGCCAUGGAAGACAUGUCCACCUGCCACUAUUUUACGGCACGGACCUUCAAAAUCAUCUACAACCUCUGCCAGAAAUGGAACCUCCCUUUUCCCGACGAGCUCAAAUCCAGCCCCCUCGUCCCAGUCGCGGAACCCCCCCUAACCUCUCCUCCACCACGCACAACAAACUUCUUCGACAACUACGACGCCAUCCAACCACCGAACGGCCCCCAGCCCCCACGAACUGAAUACCCAUCCGCUACACCCGAGGACUCCGCCCGCAGGGAGUCCCUAACCAUGUUCACCCCCCAAACCCUCGCCUCCGCCUCCUCCUCCCUCCCACCCCGCUCCUCCACCACCACCAACACCACCUCGCCGCCCCUCACCUUCGCCUCCUCGCCCAACAACGCCCAAGGGCCCGCCGCCGCGCCGGCCGAGGAACAACUCUUCUGGACGCCGUUCCAGGGCCAGGGCGUCCCGUUACUGGGAAACAACAUGCAUGUCUCGCCGAUGGAUCUGAGCAGCAUGCUCGGGGCGGUGGACCAGUGGGACGAUUUCUCGAGAGACGGGUUCAAGAUGAGUGAGAGCUGGCAACAGGCGGGGGAUCAGAUGGGGUUUGUGGGGCAGGGGGCGCAUGGGCAUGGGAUGGGAGUGGCGGGGGUAGGACAAGGGGCAGGGGGAGCGGGGAGGAUGGGGACGGCGGGGGGCGCGGGGUUUGCGGAGUGGUGGGGGAAUGCGGGUGGGAAUGGGGGGGUUGGUUGA